AUGCCACCAAGGGGCCCCAGCGCCGGGAGGAGGCCCCCUGGAGUCAGGGCGGGUCUGACAGGGUGCGUGAAGCCCGAGAAGGAGGGCGUGGAGUUGGGGGCCAGAGGUUGUUGUGUACGAUCCACAGAGCCUGACAAUGCGCUCCCCUCCGGCGCCAUCUUGGAGCAGCUGGGAGUGUACGGAGGCCUGAUUGCCGUGAGUCGCAAAUCGUGCUUGCCCUCUCUCGUUUUUUGUGUGUUUCCACUCCCACUGGUCACCGUGUGGUUGUGUUCAGAAAGCUUCAGCUACUGCUUCUCCAGUGAUGUGUAG